UCUGGUUGUACUGACUUGGCCUUACAUUUUAAAGGGAACCUUAAGCUUGAGUUCUCUGAAGUGCCCUUCUUUUGGAGCAUAUGGUACUGAAAUGUCUUGCCUGAAGCUCAUCUAACCUCUUUUUGCAGUGGUCCUAUGAACAGCAGUGUAUGGAACGAAAAUGUUGAACUGGCAUUUCUAGAAAACAAACAUAACGUGUGCCAUACUUUGGGAAUAUUUGUUUGCCUCUCUCAAGGUUUCAUAAGUUGUGACAGUCAAUUGACUGUAUUCCAGUAGUCCUUGCGAGCUGUUCAUUUCAAAAAUAAAACAUAAAAUGCCAAGAAUCAAAGUUUCCAAGCAACCAAACCCAGCAAACAAAACUAUUGUACAUGAUAUUUACAUCUUUGUUGCCUGGGAAUGCUGUUGCUGCUCCACACCUCACUCCAAACACUUGCUAAAAGCACGCAAUGGUUCUUGCAGCCGCCUUGCCGUUUAGGAAAGAUCAAGUCACAGACAUGUAGAUCAGAGAACUGCAAUUCCUGAGUGGCUGAGGUAGCCAUGAGUAGUCGAGAGGUGAUUGUUCUGAGUGUGGGAGGUGUGAGGUUUGUAACCCGGGCUUCUACCUUGCAGCAGUUCCCUGAGUCCAGGCUGGCACGGAUGGUGAAUGACAAUGACAGGGAAUUUAAACUGGUGAAUGGAGAGUUUUUUGUGGACAGAGAUGGAGCUUUGUUUAGUUACAUCAUGGACUUCUUGAGGACUCUCCAGGUGUCCUUACCAGCUGAUUUCUCAGACUAUCAGAGGCUGCAGAGAGAAGCAGAAUUCUAUGGACUCUACCCCCUGGCGGACGUCCUGAGCCAAGAACACUUGCUGAAGCCGAAGCCGGAGGUCUUGGAAGUGCAUUUUUCUCUCCAAGAAAUGCAGGCCUUUUUCCGGAUCUUUGGUUCCUGUAGUAGCACCAUUGAGGCACUGGCUGAGCAGAUCACUGUGUUUACAGGGCAGCAGUCAGGACAGGGCUGGAAUAGCCCUUUUCCUUCUCAGAAAACACUCAUUCCACUUCCUUUGGAAAGACCCUCUCAUCAUGAUAUGGUUUUUCAGUGUGGUACUGAGUAUUCUGCUGGUGACCAGUUUGUGGCCAGGUAUGUUUCCAUAAAGCCUGAUAAUAGAAAGCUGGUUAAUGGUACUAAUGUGCUAGGCCUGCUGCUUGACACUUUACUCAAAGAUGGAUUUCGCCUGAUAAGCACCAGGACAGUCACCAGUGAAGAGAAGGUUGAAUGCUACACUUUUGAAAGGAUGAAGAGGGCAGGAGGCCUUGCCAUCAUAGUGAACCAAACCCCAGGGAGCUCUGGGGUAACACAGGCAAGGAGAAGCCAAGUGCAAAAAGGGAAAUGA